AUGGACGACGACGCGAUCGCCAGUUUCAUGGACAUCACCGGUGCCGAUGAGAAUGUCGCCCGCACGGUACUCGGUAUGACAGAUGGCGACCUCUCGCAAGCAUGCACCCUCUACUUCGACAACCCAGACAUUGCCUCCACGGUCAGGCAAGCUGCGCCGGCACCUUCAGCUUCGCAGCCCCAACAGACCGCCACAGGACGAGCUCGCGCCGGUAGAGAAGACGCGAGUGGGGUGAUCCAUAUCGAUAGUGAAGAUGAGGGUGACGAUGAUGUAGAGAUGAUCAACGACUCGGACGACGAUAGAGCCGCCGUCGCGGAGGCGGCACGUCUCGCACAGGAGGACGAGGAUGCCGCCAUGGCGCGGCGCCUGCAGGAAGAGCUCUACUCUAGCGGAGGCGCGGGCGGCCAACGAGGCGCAGAGGACGACGUGAGGGCGCCGCUGGCCAGGACUACAGAGACCCUGGUGGCGCCGACGUACGGCAUGAGCAACGACGAAGACAUGCAUGAUGCGCUGCUGAACCAGCUCCGACAACGAAGACAGCAGCGACAGGCAGCCCCUCGAAACCCCUUCGCCCAGAGCAUCUGGAACGACCCCGACGCCGCUCCCCUAGCGCCGCCCUCGGCCGGCGGCCCCAUGAGCGGCCCCGCGCCCAACAGCCGCGCAGCCCGCCUGGCCGAGCUGUUCCGACCCCCCUACGACCUCAUGUCGCCGUACGCCUGGGAGGAGGCCCGCAGCGAGGGCAAGGAGGAGAAGAAGUGGAUCCUCGUCAACCUGCAGGACAUGGGCGACUUCAACUGCCAGGUGCUGAACCGGGACAUCUGGAAGGACGAGGCGAUCCGGCAGCUGGUGCGCGAGAGCUUCAUCUUCCUGCAGUACUCCAAGGACGACCCGCAGGCGCUCGAGUACAUCCAGUUCUACCUGAGGGAGGGCCAGCACGAGAACCCGGACAACUUCCCGCACGUGGCCAUCGUGGACCCGCGGACGGGCGAGCAGGUCAAGGUGUGGUCCGGGCUGCCGUUCCCCGCGGCGCCCGACUUCCACGCGCAGCUGGUCGAGUUCCUGGACCGGUACAGCCUGGCGGUCAACAGCAAGAACCCCGUGGCCAAGCAGGCGCGGCCGCGGACGGUCGACGUGGACCGCAUGACCGAGGACGAGAUGCUGCGCAUGGCGAUGCAGAACAGCCUCGAGUCGGCCAACGGCGGCGGCGGCGCCAAGGUCGACAUCUACGACCCGGACGAGCUGACCAAGUCGAACCCGGACAUCGGCAAGGGCAAGGGCAAGGCCGUGGCGGAGCCCAUCGACCUCACCGGCGGCGCUGCUGGCGCGGCGGAGCAGCAGCAGCAGCAGCAGCAGCAACAGGAGGAAGAGCCUUCGGCGUCCCAGGCGGCGGCGGCGGCGGCCGAAUCCGCAUUCGCCAGGAUCGCGCCUGACCGGCCGCACGCGGAGCCGGCGCCGGACCCCGCGACGGUGACGCGGAUCCAGUUCCGGCACCCGGAGGGCAGGGUGAUCCGGCGGUUCGCCGUGGCGGACACGGUGGAGCGGAUCUACGAGUGGCUCAAGGCGGAGCCGCUGGAGGGCAAGGAGGGCGUGGCGUUUGAGCUCAAGAUGAUGCCCCAGGGCCGGGACCUGCUCGAGGACCUGGGCAAGACGAUCGGGGAGGCCGGGCUGAAGCAGGGCACCGUCAUGAUCGAGUUCAUCGAGGACUGA